AAAGAGGCGCAUCCCCGGCCCCUGCGCGCAGGGAGGGCUGCGCAUCGGGGCUGCAGUGCAUGCGGGAGCCCCACCUCCCCAGGCGGCGCGCUGCUGCGAGGGCGGCCCCGGGGCCCCAAUCCGGGCUCCUGCGGCGGGGGGCAGCGGGUGCCUUUCCCGGUCCGCCGCCGAGGGGCGCUGCCCGCGGUCCCCGGGGCCGGGCGCGCUCCUCAAGAUGUCCGGGUGCGGCGGCCGGAGGCCCGGGCCGCGCCUGCCCUGGCUGCUGUGCUGCAGCGCGCUGCUUUCCCCGGCUGCGGGCUACGUGAUCGUGAGCUCCGUGUCCUGGGCCGUCACCAACGAGGUGGACGAGGAGCUGGACAGCGCUUCCACCGAGGAGGCGCUGCCCGCGCUGCUGGAGGACUCGGGCAGCAUCUGGCAGCGGAGCUUCCCGGCCUCGGCGCACAAGGAGGACGCGCACCUGCCGCCCCCGGAGGGCGCUGCCCGCGCCAGGCCGCCCCCCGCGCCGCCCGGGAUGUUCUCCUACCGGCGCGAGGGCGGCGCGAGGCUGCGCCCGGGCACCGCCCGCUUCCUGGCCCACGCCAGCGCCUGGGGCUGUCUGGCCACCGUGUCCGCCCACGAGAAGAUCCCUGGACUGCCGUUUGGGAACUGCCUGCCCAUCAGUGACGGCCCCUUCAACAACAGCACUGGGAUUCCUUUCUUCUAUGUGACACCCAAGGACCCCCUGGUGGCCGAUCUGAUGAAGAACCCCACGGCCUCGCUCCUGCUGCCGGAAUCUGAAGGAGAGUUCUGCAGAAAAAAUAUCGUGGACCCAGAAGAUCCCCGCUGUGCCCGGUUAAUGCUCACUGGCCAAAUGGUUGCAGUGUCUCCAGAAGAAGUGGAAUUUGCCAAGCAAGCCAUGUUUUCAAGACACCCAGUUAUGAGGAAAUGGCCUCGUCAGUAUGAAUGGUUCUUUAUGAAGAUGAAGAUAGAAUAUAUCUGGCUUCAGAAAUGGUAUGGAGGCGUAGCCGACAUUUCCAGGGAGGAGUAUUUUAAAGCAGUUCCAAGAAAGGCCUGAUGGAAUGAGAAGAAAGUCCUUGAUGUUUGUGUAAAACGAACGCCUUUUAAGUGAUGCUGCCAGACCGGGAUUGACGGCUGUCUCUUUGGGAAGGGUUCACUGCAGCCCUGUCAUCCUUACCGCAGAACGAGAGCGGGUCACUGGGGACCCCUGUGCUCGCUGGAGAUUGCAGUGGCCAUUUGCAAAUGCCCAGAUCAUACAGGGACUUCACAGAGAGAGUCUGCACACAUGUAUGCAAUCCAGACUCACCUUCGUGGGGUCAUCAUUGGUUGUCAAAGUGAGACAGUUGCUGUUCCAUUCUUUAAGACAAAACAAAAACAAAAACUAUGCCUGUAUGUGCAGUGUGAUUACUUUGUAUUGUGAGAGUAUGUUUGUUGCUCGUUGUAUCCAAAGCAGUGUCUUGGUCCUAAGCUCAUUGCAACCACAAAAGAAAUAAAUAUGCAUCACACGGCCGCCGUCUUGUAUUUAGGGUGAGGAGGCAGGACUCUUUGUCUGUGGGUUACCAGCCUGCUAUUUGAUGGCAAGUGCGUUAUGGAGUCCCAUUUGCUGGAAUGUACUGGUCACUCAUGAAGCUUUUUUCCCAGUGUAAUGUGACAAACCAUAUGAGAACCCCCACACACACACCCUGAGCUUGGUGCACAGCCCUAUUCUAGGUAAUCAGGCCAUGGUAGUGCAUUAAGGGAGGGGCAGCUUUGGCAUCAGGCUCCCCAGAUGCCCUCUGCUAGUGCUCUGAUGGAGGGUCCCCUUCUCUUAGGCAUGGGGAGUGGUACUCAGUCUGCGGUGUAGAGCGAGGAUGGGGAGAGGGGGAGGCUGGAAAGGAAGCAAAGGCAACAAAUAAGGGAAGGAAAGAAGUCAGCAACCGGAGGCAGCUCCCUGCCCAGCCGUGGGCUGGGCCCUCGACGGGAUCAUCUCACUGAAGCCUCACAGCCAAUGAGAUUCAUCAUCAUUGCCACUUACGACAAGAACACUGAGGCUCAGAGAGUUUAAGUCAACAUCCCAGGAUCUGACUCCACCACUCACUGCACACAAUGGACAGAGUGGUACCUAGACAAUUUCCAGUUCUAAGAACAAGACAAAAGAGUUACUGAAAUACACAGGUAGUCAUUGAAUCAGUAAAAUCAGUAAAGUGAUGACUAACCUGCUUGAGAUGAUUAGCCACUGUUUUCUACCAAAAAGGGGAAAAAGUCUGAAAUUUGAUUCUUAGUACAGAUUUUAAAUUUUCUACAAAUUAUAUACAGGCACCUGCAUUGUACCUGUAUAUACACCUGUGGCCUACGAGGACCUAUAUGUACACAUCUGAGACCUCUUAUAUUGAGAUCUGUAAAAGAUCUAGCACUACCUAGCUUUCUGCCUUUUUAUAUGGCUCUAAACCCUCUUUGGUUGGUUAGGUAUGUUGUAUAAACAUAAAAACACAGCACAAAAAAUAUAGGAAAUAUACAUUUAAAAAAUAAAUAAUAGUGUUAUUAAUGGUUACACUUUUGUUUAAAAAAUUAAGACGUGAAGAGAGUUUGAGUUGUCAAAAUAUUUUUAAGUGCCUGUUACUAAAAGCAUAGUAAGAUACACAGAAUUCUUUAUCAAAAGUCAAAUCACAAAAGCGUUCCUUAACAAUAGCAAUUUCUAAUAUAUAAGAAUAAGGUAACUUUGAGGGUAUUUCAUAUUAUAAGAGUUUAAAAUUAUUGCUACCCCCAUUUAGAGGUAAGAGGAGAAAACUGGAAGAAGAAACCACAUACUCUGUAAGUCAACCUCAAAUCUUAAUUCUUUGAGUGUCUCUGUGUCCAAGUCCCAUCUGAAGGAUAAUUUUCCUAAUGCUAGUUUUGCUUUUACAGUCAGGUUUCACUUAGCUUGUUAAAGCUCACUCGGCUGCUUCAAGGAGUUUUGCAGCUUAACCACUGAUGAAUGGUAUCAGUUAUUUAUCCAAAUUACAGGGAAUGGAAUCUGGACAGGUUGGAUGAUAAAUAGAGUGUUGAAAAGGCAUCUGUAUGAGAAGAAUGGGCCCCAUUCAGGCCAGUAAGUUUCAGCAAAUCUCUGGAAAUUUACACUGAUUAAAAUUUUAAAGACUGUAUUGGAAGUUCUGGACAGGGCAGUAAGGCAAUAAAAAGAAAUAAAAUGCAUAUGAUUGAAAAGUAAUAAAAGUAUCCCUGUUUACAGAUGAUGUAAUUGUCUACGUAGAAAAUUCCAAACAAAUCUAUCAAAAACAAAACAAAACAAAAAAACUCCUAGAACAAUGGAGUUCAGCAAGGUCUUGGGAUACAAGAUCAGCACACAAAAUUUAAUCACAUUUCUAUAUAUUAACAAUGAACAAAGUGGAAACCAAAACUAAAAACACAAUACCAUUUACAAUCAUUCCAAAAGAAAAAUUUAAAAAAACUUAGAUAUAAGUUUAACAAAAACAUGCACAGGAUCUAUAUGCUGAAAAUUAAAAGAUGCUAGUAAAAGAAAUCAAAGACUUAAAAAAAUGAAGAGACAUACCACGUCCAUGGAUUAGAGGACACAAAAUAGUAAAAAAAUGUCAGUUCUCCCCAGAUUCAUCUAUAGGUUUACUGCAAUUUCUAUCAAAAUCCCAGGGAGGUUUUUGUAGACAUAUUCAAGCUUAUUCUAAAAGUUCUAAGGCACAGGCCUUGGAAUAGCUAAAACUAUCUUGUAAAAGAAUAAGUAGGAGAAAUCACACUACUCAAUAUAAAGACUUAUGUUGCUACACUAAUCAAGACAGAUAGACUUAUGUAGCUACACUAAUCAAGACAGUGUGGUAUUGGUGGAGGCAUAGACACAAAAGAUCAAUGGAACAGAAUACAGAAUCUAGAAAUAGACCAUACAGAUAUGCUCAAUUGAUUUUUUUUAAGUACAAAAGUAAUUCAAGGGAGAGAGGAUAGUCUUUUCGAUAGAGUUGCUGAGCAAUCAGAUAUCCAUGAGCAAAUAAAAAGAACCUCAAGCUAAAUCCUGUACUUUAUAUAAAAACUCAAAAUAGAUCAUGACCCUAAAUAUAAAGUGGAAAACCAUAAAACUCUUUUUUUUUUAAAUAGAAAAUCUUUGGGACCUAGGGCUAAACUAAGCGAAGACUUCUUAGACUUGACACCAAAAGCCUAAACUCCAUAAAAGGAAAAAUUGGACUUCAUCAAAAUGUUAAACUUUUGUUCUGCAAAAGACCAUGUUAAGAGAAUGAAAACACAGACUAUAUACUGGGAGGAAACACCGGCCAAGAGCAUAUCCAACAAAGGACGACUAUCUAGAAUGGAUGGAGAGCUGUUAAAACUCAACAGCUUUUUAAAAAAUCCAAUUAGACACUGGAGAACAUGAACAAAUGCUUCUCCGAAGAGGAUAUGGCAGAUUAGCACAUGAAAAGAUACUCGACAUCAUCAGUCAUUAGGCAACUGCAAAUUAAAACCCCAAGAGAUACCAUGAGGCAUCUACCCAAGUUGCUAAAACAUACUAACAACACCAAGUAUUAGCAAAGAAUGCAGAGCAGCGGGAUCAGCCUAUAGCUGAUGGGAAAGUCAAUGGAACAGUUCUUCUGGAGAACCAAUUGAUAGUUUCUUCUAAAACUAAACGAGCAACUGCCAUACCACGCAGCAAUUGCACUCCUGGGCAUCUAUCCCAGGGAGAUGCAAAACUAAUGUUCACACAAAAACUUGCGCACAACUGUUCACAGCAGCUUAACUCAUUCCAAAUCUGUAAACUACCAGAUGUCCUUUAUUUUUUAAUUAAUUUUUAUUGGAGUAUAGUGGCUUUACAAUGUUGUGGAUGUCCUUUAAUGGGUGACCGGUGAAAGAAAUAGUGAUACAUCCAUGCCAUGGAAUACUACUCAGCAAUAAAACAAUUUCCUAUACAACAACUUGGAUGAGUCUUCAGAGAAUUACGGUGAGUGAAAAAGCCCAUCCCCAAAGGUUACAUCCCGUAUAAUUCCAUUUAUAUAACAUUUUGAAAUGCAAAAUUCUAGAAAUGGAGAACAGAUUAGGGAUUGCCAGGGAGGAAGGUGGAGAACCAGAGAGAUGGAUGUGAGUAUAAAAGAGAUACCUAUUGUGAAGGAAAUGUUCCCUAGCUUGUCUGUAUCAGUGUCAAAAUCCUGGUUGUGAUAUUGUAUCAUUCUGUAAGAUGUUACCAUUGGGGGAAAAUGGGUAAAAGGUACACAGAAUCUCUGUAUUAUUUCUUACAGCUGCGUGUCAAUCUACAAGUAUCAGCAAUUCUCUCAGAAUCUACAGUUAUCUCAGUAAAAAGUUUAAUAAACAAAAUUUAAGGCUUAGCUUAAAUGAGGCAUUUAUGCCUUCUUGUUGGUCCCUAAUGAAAUAAAUGAAGAACUGAGCUGUGUGCCAAAACCUAGCAGAACAGAGGACGUUUGUUUUCUUUAACCAUUAAUACAUGCAUUUUUGGAAGAGAGAAGAUUUCUUUAAAAGUUUUCAAAAUCUAUUCAAUAUUAAAUUGAAUACAAAUUAAUAAGAAUUCAACAAACCUGCUGUAUAGAUUUUAUGUGGGACACUUAGAAGAGGAGGAUAUCUUUCAGUCUCUGGCAUAAACACGUAAAGCUACAGGCGUAUGUAGGUAUCCAUGUCUGUGCACAGGGAUUCUCCACUGAUGUUCAUAGCACAGAACUGUAAUCCUCUCAAUAUUCUGGGAAAGAAUUCUUCUUUUGUAUCUAUGGAGAAGCUGUAUCCUGACCACCACACUUUUAUUUACUGUGAUUGUACGUGUCCAUAAUGUCGACUCCAAGAGUGUAUAAUUCUGAUGUAACUUGUUUCAAUAUGCCUUUUGUAUAUAUUGACUCAUUAUAAAAGAGUGAGUUUUGGUUGAAAUGUAUUUCUACAAUUUUUCCAGAAAGUCUAUAUUUCAUUUUUAAUAAUUUAACCAUCAAAUACUGUUCUGAAAAUAAAAUUUCUCUAGAAUAAUUUAUUGAUGCUUAUUUGACUGCUUAUAACAAGUCAAUUGUUAAAAAUUUUGAAUUGUAAUGAAGCUAUGGUUUGUGCUAUGUAAUGCAUGUGGAGUAUAAAAUCUAUUUUCAAGACUAGAUAUGUCUGUCUA